AGUGCCACUGUCUUUAAAAUCUCAAGUCAUUUUCAGUAGAACUUUACAAUAGUAUGAUUUUGCAUGACCUUUUGGUUUCUUUAGCAGAGGUGUAUGCUAUGGAAUAUUUAUGUCUUCAUUUCUGUUUCAGGUACGUAUAGCAGCAAAAUUCAUCAUUCACGCCCCUCCUGGAGAAUUUAAUGAAGUUUUUAAUGAUGUUCGGUUACUGCUUAAUAAUGAUAAUCUUCUCAGGGAAGGAGCAGCUCAUGCAUUUGCACAGUAUAAUUUGGACCAGUUUACUCCAGUAAAAAUUGAAGGCUAUGAAGAUCAGGUAUUGAUAACAGAACAUGGUGACUUAGGAAAUGGAAAGUUUUUGGAUCCAAAAAACAGAAUCUGUUUCAAAUUUGAUCACUUAAGAAAGGAAGCAACUGAUCCAAAACCCUAUGAAGCAGAAAAUGCAAUUGAAUCCUGGAGAACUUCAGUAGAAACUGCUCUGCGAGCUUAUGUAAAAGAACAUUACCCAAAUGGAGUCUGCACUGUGUAUGGUAAAAAAAUAGAUGGACAGCAAACCAUUAUUGCAUGCAUAGAAAGCCAUCAGUUCCAAGCAAAAAAUUUUUGGAAUGGUCGUUGGAGGUCAGAGUGGAAGUUUACAGUCACUCCUUCAACCACUCAAGUGGUGGGCAUCUUGAAAAUUCAGGUUCAUUAUUAUGAAGAUGGUAAUGUUCAGCUAGUGAGUCAUAAAGAUAUACAAGAUUCCCUAACAGUGUCUGUAAGUAAUUCAUUCCACAAUAAAACUAAAACAACCUAAUGUUCCUGUAAGCCCAGUACAGCUGUAAAGUUAACAUUUUAAGUAUUAUUUCUACUUUAGAUUAAAGAGUUUUCACACAGAAUAAAGUGGUAAGGAAUUACAGUUCUGUACCUACCCUUUUUUUUUUUAGCAUUUUAUAGUAAUGUAGACGUAGAAUUCAUAUACCAUUCAAUUAAUGCUUUUAAUAUGUAAUGUUUUUAGAUUGUUAACAGGAUUAUGCAACAAUUACUACAGUCUAAUUUUAGAACAUUUUCGGUGCUUCUUAAACCCUAUACCAGGGCUGGGGGAAUAACUCAGGUCAUUUUGAAGAACUGCUAGACUGUUUCCCAGAGUGACUGCACUACAUUACAGUUCCUCCAGCAGUAUGUGAGGGUUGCAAUUAUUCUACAUCCUUGCCAAAACUUGGCUUUUUGAUUGUAGCCCUCCUAGUCAGUAUGAAGUGUCCUGUUAUGGUGGUUUCUGUUUAUACUUUCCUGAUAGUUAACGAUGUUAUUAUCAUUUUCAUGUGCUUAUUGGCCAUUUGUAUAUCUUUGGGAAUGUCUAUUCAGUCCCUUUGCCCAUUUCUUAAUUGGCUG